UCGUACUAAACAGUAAGUGGUCAUUAUCAGAGGGUGCAUUAUCUUCUCUUAUGCUUGUGCGCGACGCGUGGCGAUGGGGGAGGAUGGGGAAGAUGGCCUUUUUUUUUGGCGCUCAUCACUCUUGUCCCACGACAACGGAAGAAGGGAUUCCCCCCAUCUGCCCCUUCUGAUGUGCCUUCUGUACGUAGGAUGACGAAUCCCUUCUUCCACCGCCUGCGCCUUCCGCUGUGCCUUCUGUAGGAUGACGAAUCCCUUCCCUCCCACCUGCGCCUUCUGCUCCGUGAUGGGAUAUGUGGGAUAUGUGGGAUAUACGUAGGAUGACGAAUCCCUUCUUCCCCCAUCUGCGCCUUCCGCUGUGCCUUCUGCUCCGUGAUGGGAUACGUGGGAUAUGUGGGACAUGUGGGAUAUGUGGGAUAUUCGCCAAGAAAGAACUCUUCCAUGCCCUUCUGAAACCUCUCAAACCUCUCAUCGUUCGGCACAGCAUUAUAGCUGAUCUCAGCGUAUAUAAAGGGCCUUCUUGCUGCGGAGGAAUCGACCUCGCAUCACUCUACCACUCUACUACCGCUCUCGCAUCACUCUACUACGUAAUACGGUCUCGCAUCACUCCACUCGUUGCAAACAUCGUUGCCGGAAGCAAGCACCAGCAGCUCCUUUUUGUCGCAAACGUCGUCGCCGGAAGCAAGCAGCAGCAGCAGCAGAAGCAGCAUCCACCACGCCAAUCAUGCCUAGUUCCGACUGGUCCCCCUCCCCGCCUCCUCGGCGGUCCCUUUCCCCACAGUGCAAUGAUGGCGUGGCGGAUGCUACUUCUGCUGCUGCUGCUGCUUGCUUCUCCCCUCCACAAACACCUCGCCUCCUCACCCUUCAUCCGUCCCCUCCCACAUCGUCCGGUCUACAAUCCAGAGAGCCCUUCUCUCAGCUCCCGGUCCCUCCCGCCCAGCCACCCCCC